CUGGCAUGACCCUCCCUGUGCAGGUUGGGACAUUGGGCAGCUGCUGUGGCUUCAGCGUGACAGGGAACUGGUGACAAAAAGCGGCCUGAGCUCAGCUCUUGUCUCCUCAGAGCUGGGACCCUGGUGUCAUUGCCAAAGAGCGAGGGGAGGGCUCUGGUGGAGAUCUGUGUACUCAUGCACGGCAAGGGCCAGGAGGGUGGGCAGUCAGCAGCCCAGAGGGGCAUGGGGGCGAGUCUGAAUUCAGGGAGGGGCCCAGGAAAUGGACCCUUGAAGAAGUGAUGUCACUGAAGAUACGCCCAGUAGAACCUGAACUGUGACCCGGACGGAACCCAGCUCCUGGUCGCAGACCCCAGUCCUGCUCACUUGACCGGAGGCGCUCGACAGAGCAACAUGCGGUCUUGUUGUGCGGAGCCUUCUGAAGGCGUGGGAGUCAGGGAAGCCGAGAGGAAGAGUCUUCCUGCUCGCUGUGGGCGUUGGCUGAGAGACCACCUUCGCCUCUGUCUGUGUGUCCCGAGGAGCCCCGAGCGUGAACCUGAGCCAUCUGUCCAUGGGACUGAGGUCCCCAAGCGCAGGGCUCCCCGGACAGGCGUGAGGAGGAAGGGGAGAAAGCACACGGGACGAGUGGAACCAGCUCCAAACACCAGCCGGAGCGCUCCCGAGGCCACCCUCCCUCCCGAGGACGCUGACCAGCCCACCACGGGCCAGCGGCUCCCCCGGUCACAGCCGGGAAGCAUCACGGGUGAUACCCUCACGGCCUCCUCAUGUAAUGGGGGGCAUGACAAGGGGCCAGAGGAGGAUCUGAGAAAGCCUUACCCCAGCUGCAGGAUGGGACAGGCUAGGCGCCCUGCCUGGGAGCCCGAGCAUGUGCCCUGCGCCAUCGAUGCCAGCCAGCUUUCAUCCACCCUGGAGGGCCAAGUCCUCCACCACUUGGUCCAGGAGGAGCACCUGGGGCCCACGGUGGCAGAGCUGGAAGAACCACGGCAGACGCAGCUGGCUCCAGAGACACGGGGAGGGCCGGUUUCGUCGCCUGAGCCGGUCCAGGAGCUCCCUGAGACCCCUGUGCUGGAGCGACGGCCGGUGUCACCUGCUUCCGCCCCUGCAGAGCCGGAGGAUGUCCCAGCAGUGGCCUCAGCCCAGGGGCCAGGCCCUGAGCUGGAGCCCCAUGAGCCCUCGGGCCUGGGGCCCAGGGCACUUGCUGGAAUGGCACCAGGUGUGGCAGAGCCAGGUCCAGGUCCAGAGCCCACCGGCCCCUGUGCUGCGAGCCCCUGGGACAUCCCAGGACUGGUCUCAGGCCCCGAGCUGGAGCCCCGUGAGUCCUCGGGUGCGGGGCCCGUGUCACCUGCAGGAAUGGCACAGGGCCUGGCAGAGCCAGAGGUGGUCCUGGAGCCCACCAGCCCCUGUGCCGUGAGCACCCGGGAUUUGCCGAGGGAGAGGGUGCGGACCAUCCUGGCGUUUGCCCCACGCCUGGUGGCCGAGCAGCUGACCCUGAUGUGUGCGGAGCUGUACAGUAGGGUUGAAUGUGGUGAAUGCAAGGUCUACGUAGAGAGACAACCACUGAGGGAAGCCAUUGUGCUCCUGGCCCCCAACAUCCUUAACGUCAUCAGGCAGUUUGGUACCACGUUUCAUUGGGUCAUCUCCUCCUGCCUGAGGGCCCCGAGCAGGAUGGCCCAGGACAGGGCCCGAGUGGUGGAAUUCUGGAUCCAGGUGGCCAAGGAGUGUCUGGCUCUCAGAAAUUUCGAGUCCUUCCGUGCCAUCAUCUUCGCCCUGCAGCGCCCUCCUGUACGUCGCCUGGAGAGCACCUGGGCACAUGUUUCCUGGAAGAGCUCCUGGAUCUACAAAAAACUUAAAAAGAGGAACAAGGGGCUUAAAGGGAAGCAGCUCCUCAAGGAGGCGAGGGCCAUGUUGAGGCGAUGGCCGCCGUCCCCCAGGGCAUCCCAGGAUAUGAAGACGCAGGGCAUGAUCCCGCCGCUCGGACUGAUCCUGUACGAAGCCUUAGAGAAACAACAGGAACAUCAUGUGGACGUCACUGACUUCCUAGAGGAGAUCGUCAUAUACAGGUUCCUGGCCAGGCAGUAUGACCUGGAGCCCAAGGAGCACUUCCUGUCCUUUUUCCAGAGACUGAAGCUCCUGCGUGAGGAGCAGAGCUACGGCCUGUCCUACCACCUGGAGCCCCCAGGUCAGAGGGCAGGCAGAAAAGGACUGUUAAAGUUCUUCAGGUCCCUCAAGAUUUAAACUUACGGGCCAGGGCCAGCUGCUGUCAUCGGGCCCGCGGCCCUGCUGGUGUCCUGGCUGCAUGUGGAGGAGAGCUGCUUCCCCUCCGGGCAGGCGGCCCCUGGCGCCCCAGGACCCCAGUCUGCUUGCUGCUCCUCUUCCUCCCGCUGCUCAUCCUGCGCCUCUGCUGGGGCGGCUGCUCUGGCACCUCCUCCGUCGGCAGACUCGGGCAGCUCCCCCGGCUGCCGCUGUAUCCUCAAGGACCCGUAUGUAGCUGCGGCGCACCUGGCCACCUUCGUGCGGUGUCGUCCCCUCUGCUCGUGGCCCGUUGGACAGAGGCGAGCCGCCCCACCGUGUGGAGGAUGUUCCCCUUCGUGCAGGUGGCCUCCCGCCGUGACACCAACUCCUGCCUGGGCGCCGUCAGCCACCGAGUCGUAGCCACAGGGUUCCAGGAAUAGGUGGGGGCUGUCCUCACCAGGCCCGGCCUUUCCCGGGACGGACAUAGACACGGCGCAGUGCCGCGUGGGACCACGGCCUCCUGGUGCCCAGCGGAGGCAUCCGAGGAUGCAGGGGUGGCCGACUGUCGCAGGGUCCCGGGGCUUGCUUACAGGGGAGCCCCCGGUGCAACUUCCUCCCGUCAUCCCUGAGAAAUAGCCUCCCCAGGCACAGUGUGGUCUGGGUGUUGUCUCUGAGGUUUAUGGUUCCUGGGGGUUGGGGUCAUCUCUGUGCAGAAUGUAAUAAAUGCUGAACGGAUUGCCACCACACUGCUCUUUCUUCUCAAAGCUC